UCACCUUUUUAUUUCCUCACAAUUUGAUUAAAGUUACAUCUGGAGUUAGAAAUAGGCUUGCAAAAAUGCCUCAGAAAAGUAAGAAAUUCUAAGAAAAGCUUUUACAUCUGUUACAACGAAAUGCACGAUUGGUGAUGGAACGAAACGGAUUUCACAAAGACAGAUUCUUUGUGAAGUUUUAAUUUUCAGCCUUCUUCCUCGAAACAUUUCUUCCCGUCUCGCACAGCUUUCGUGACUAAAUUCGAACCUGUUGUAAGGUCAGAGGCCACAGACCCUUUUAGGAAAACACUUGUCAUUGUGGUGCCAGUGAGUCGGCACCAGUGUUUGUGAAAGUAGAGCAAAUAGUGUCAAUUCUUAAGUGAAUCCCGACCUUUGACCUCUCUAUCUACUAUGUGUAUCUCCGUUCCCCUGAAUUGAUCCGUCAGAUUUUUCUGGAUCUAGUGUGUGAGUGAGAAAAUUCCCGUAAUGAUAAGUGUCUUUUGAAGAGAGCUAUUACUCAAGAGUGUAUCAUUUUUCUGAGCGUCUGUGUGGAAUUUGCAUUAGGGAGAAGGAGAGUCUUUAAAUAGGUCCAUUAGUCUGGAUGCGCAUCUAUUUGUUUGUGUAUGUGUGUCAGGCUCGGUGGUGUAGAGACAGUCUAUGCAACACAGGAAGCCAGCAUGUCUUUCAUAUCUUCAGAGUAUUAGGACGCCACAUACUCACCUUGAACACAAUCCAGCCAUUUUAGCCAAAAAUGGAGCCCUUCAUUCUGUUGUUUUGGAUUUUCGCUGUGCCUGGACACACUUUUGUGCUUCAGUCAGGUGUAAAUGUGACAGUCAUGCAGAAUAUAUCUGCAGAAGAUGACCUUUGGGCAGAUCAGAGACUUGAUUAUUCAACAGAGGCUCUCAACACUGAAAAGGAGAAAAAAAGUGAGGAAGAGGUCACAAUGAAAGAGGCGGAAGAAGAAAUGGACACAGAUGAAGAACAUGGUGUGCAGAAAGCAAAAAGGGUAAAACAAACAAGAGAGAGUGAUGUAAAAAGCAAAGUACUGGAAAAAAUAGAGGAGCAGCAAGGACAGAAUCUGUAUGAACAUGACAUGUCUGAUGUAACUAAACCCAUCCUUACUGCACAGAAUACCAGCCAUUCACAAGACAUUGAGGAACAGGAGGAACAUCUACCUCCCACCAUGGCCACCAUCUCCCAACGUGUCCUGAACUUGCAUACAGAAUCAGUUACUGCACCUUCCUCAUUCUCCUUCACUUCACGAGGACCAGAAGCAGUGGCAGCAAGGGCAGGACCCACUGCAAAGGGCCCUUUCACGGUCGAAUCCAAAAACAAACCUAAAGACAAUAUGAAACUGAAAGCAAAGAAAAAAAAGGCCCUCAAAGUAAAGGCCAAGAAGUCCAAAGUUACGAAAAAAGCAAAGAAAUUGAAAAAGUUCAAACGCGAGAGGAAAUUGAAACCAACAACACCUUCGUAUUUUCCUUAUUUUGAAGAUCACUACUGUCCCUCAGAAUGUUCCUGCUAUGGGAGGGUUGUGCAGUGCUCCAACAAAAACCUUGACAAAAUACCUUACGGCAUUCCUUACAACUCCCGUUACAUUCUCCUAAUGAACAACCACAUCGAUAGCAUUCAACUGAAGUUGCUUUCCGAGUAUGACUCCAUGGAGUUCCUGGUGUUAAGCAACAACUAUUUAAUAGACGAGACCGUAGAGGGUUCCUUUGAAGGGAUCAAGAGCCUAAAAAGACUAUAUGUGGAGCGUAACCUUCUCCAAAGUAUCCCAAAUGACCUGCCCGUUACUCUAGAGGAGCUACGACUGGAUGGAAACCAGGUAAGUGUUAUACCCGCCACAAUAUUCGGACGCUGCCCAAACCUGCUGAUCCUCAGCCUGAGCAACAACAGCUUGGGCAGUAAAUCAUCCACUAUCCCUCCGGGAGUUCUUCUACCAUUGGGCAAACUUCGGACGCUUACACUUUCCUACAAUCAGCUUGCAUCUGUUCCCCUGCAGCUGCCCCUCAGUCUUCGAGAACUCUAUCUCAGGGGCAACCGCAUUCAACGCCUACAAGGAGACAUGUUCUGGGGUAAGGCGGAGCUUCAGGUCUUAGAUCUAAGUGCGAAUAGAUUGACCGAUAAAGGUCUUGGGAAGGCAGCACUACUGAAUGCCAGUCGCCUUGAAAGUUUAAAUCUAGAGGGCAACUUACUGAAGCAGGUUCCUCUCCAUCUACCUCAUAGCAUAAAGACCCUUAACUUGGAGGGAAACUUCAUCUCUAGCAUUGGCAAGGAUGCUUUUAUCUCAAUGCCUCAGUUGGAGCACCUAGGCCUAGCAAGAAAUAAGAUCACUAAAGUUGCCCUUGGUGCUUUCCGGGUUCUUCCACUUCUGCAUCAGUUGGACAUGAGUCACAACACCUUACAACAGGUACCAAGGCAGCUCCCGUUAUGGCUCCAUUCUGCAACAUUUUCGCACAACAAGAUCCGUGUAAUUCCACGGGAUGCUUUCUGUUGGGGUCAAGGAAACGAGUCUCCUCUCAGCCGCCUAGUCAUGGUUCACCUGCAAUAUAACCUGAUAGACCUGGGCCACUUGGACACAUUGGCCUUCCGUUGCCUCAGAGGCUUUCAGGUGGUCCAGUUUUACUAAACUGAAUGAAUUCCUGUAAAUGGUCAACAUAUGGGUCGAAAUGGGCUUGGUCUUUUUUUUUCUUGUCUGUACUGAAGACCUUGAGCCAGCUGCAUCUGUUACAAUGAUGGUACACUUUCAGUGGGGCGAAAGUCUGAAAUUUGUAGACUGCAGACCUGUCAUAUAAGACAAAAAUGUAAAGUUUGAUCUACAAACUUUACAAAGUAGGAUUUUGAAGUUUGGAGUUGUGCUCAUGGGGACAGACUUGAAUCCUAAUGUUUAUUUACCCGUACCUUUCUUCCCGCUGGUGCUUAACUGAUUUUAUUAAAAGUCAAAAUAUAGCAGGAUUUCAUUGUCUGAGACAUGGGUUACUCGACCUCCAUAGGAUGUGUUGAUGUUUUUUUUUAUUUUUAUAACUGUCACAGCACUGAAAUCAGACUAGUUGCUAAAAACAAGGAUGUUUUGUUUGUAGGAAUCUCAAGACAGUUGUUUUAAGAUUACAUUGUUUUAGUAUGUUUCAUAAGUGUACAUUUCAAUAGUGUAUUGAAAAUAAAACACCCACUUUCAUAUCCUGGCAGUCCGCAAUCUCUUUCUUGAGCCAGUGUUAUAUCAGCACUGGUUUGCCAAAGUGGUUCAUCAUAACCUUGCUAUAACAGCUUUCAACAAGAAAAUUCAUCAUGACAAGUGUAUAAAAUAUUGUCAGUAUGUUUUUCAUUAUUCAUAGUGAAAAAGUGUUUUUCUGAAAAUU